CAUCAAACCAAAGCCAAGACUCAACCAAUCCAAUUCUCUCUCUUUCUCGCUCUAUCUCUUUACACUUUUGAAUACAGUAUUUAUCAAAAGAAGGGUCAGAAAAGAACUGUCAUUCAUUCUCUCUCCCUUCUGUUUCCUCUGUUUCUUUUCGCUUAAAAGAAUAAAGUGAAGCUUCGGAAACACAGAAAGAGGGCCCCAUUUGAGAAACCUGAGCGGAAAGGUUUGAUGGGUUCGAUGUGGAAAAUGCUGAGAAUCGAAAGGUUACUGCUACUGUCUGCAGCCUUGUUCUUGUGGGUUUGUUCUUCUUCGGUCACAGCCUCUGUGACUUACGACGGCAAAUCCAUCCUCAUCAAUGGCCAAAGAAGGAUUCUCAUUUCUGGCUCCAUUCACUACCCCAGAAGCACCCCUGAGAUGUGGCCUGAUCUUAUACAGAAGGCAAAAGAUGGAGGACUGGAUGUUAUUCAGACCUAUGUCUUCUGGAAUGGGCAUGAGCCUUCUCCUGGACAAUAUUAUUUUGAGGGGAGGUUUGAUCUGGUGCGGUUCAUCAAAGUAGUGCAACAAGCAGGCCUUUAUGUUCAUCUCCGGAUUGGCCCCUUCGUUUGUGCUGAAUGGAACUUUGGGGGAUUUCCUGUUUGGCUGAAGUAUGUUCCUGGAAUUAAAUUUAGAACAGACAAUGAACCUUUUAAGGCGGCGAUGCAAAAAUUCACGACAAAAAUCGUCAACAUGAUGAAGUCCGAAAAGUUGUUUGAAAAUCAGGGAGGUCCAAUUAUCAUGUCACAGAUAGAGAACGAAUACGGACCGGUGGAAUGGGAAAUCGGUGCUCCGGGCAAGGCUUAUACGAAAUGGGCGGCAGAUAUGGCUGUGAGACUAGGCACCGGUGUUCCGUGGAUUAUGUGCAAACAAGAGGAUGCUCCUGAUCCGAUAAUAGAUACUUGCAAUGGUUUUUACUGUGAAGGCUUCAAACCAAACAAGGACUAUAAACCAAAAAUGUGGACUGAAGCCUGGACUGGCUGGUAUACAGAAUUUGGUGGUCCAAUUCCAUAUAGACCUGCUGAAGACUUGGCAUUUUCAGUGGCAAGGUUUAUACAAAAUAACGGUUCAUUCAUUAAUUACUAUAUGUACCAUGGAGGAACGAAUUUUGGCCGGACAGCAGCUGGUCUCUUCAUUGCGACUAGCUAUGAUUAUGAUGCUCCUAUUGACGAAUAUGGAUUACUAAGGGAACCAAAGUGGGGACAUUUGAGAGAUUUGCAUAAAGCAAUCAAGCUAAGUGAACCAGCUUUAGUUUCCGCGUAUCCCACAGUGACUUGGCCUGGAAAAAAUCUGGAGGUUCAUGUGUUUCAGUCAAAGUCUGCUUGUGCUGCAUUCCUUGCAAACUAUGACACCAAUUCUGCCGCGAAAAUCACCUUUCAGAAUAAGCAAUAUGAUCUGCCGCCUUGGUCGGUCAGCAUUCUCCCCGACUGCAAGAAUGCAGUUUUCAACACUGCGAGGGUUAGCUCUCAAAUUUCACAGAUGAAGAUGACACCUGCGAGUAGUGGAGCUUUCUCUUGGCAGUCAUACAGUGAUGAAGCUGUCUCUGCGGAUGAUUCAGACACAUAUGCAGCAAAUGGGCUGCUUGAGCAAAUAAAAGUCACAAGAGAUGCUUCGGACUAUUUGUGGUACCUAAUCAACGUGAAUAUACAACCCAAUGAGGGAUUUUUGAAGAAUGGACAGGGCCCUGUUCUGACGGUAAUGUCAGCUGGUCAUGCUUUGCACGUUUUCAUCAAUGGGCAAUUAUCAGGAUCCUCUUACGGGGCGCUAGAGAACCCAAAACUGACAUUUAGCAACAAUGUGAAGUUGAGAGCUGGAAUUAACAAGAUUUCUCUAUUAAGCGUUGCUGUUGGUCUUCCGAAUGUUGGUGUGCAUUAUGAGACGUGGAAUACUGGGGUUCUUGGUCCGGUUACAUUGAAGGGUCUGAAUGAGGGGACGAGAGACUUGACAAAUCAAAAGUGGUCCUACAAGGUUGGUCUUAAAGGUGAAGGUUUAAAUCUAAAUACACUGAGUGGAAGUUCCUCUGUUGAAUGGGUAGAGGGAUCAUUAUUGGCUCAAAAGCAACCCCUCACAUGGUACAAGACUACAUUCAAUGCACCGGGAGGAAACGGUCCAUUAGCUUUGGAUAUGAGCAGCAUGGGGAAAGGUCAAGUGUGGAUAAAUGGUGAAAGCAUUGGACGCCAUUGGCCUGGAUACAUAGCACGUGGUAACUGUGGCAGCUGUAGCUAUGCUGGAACUUUUAACGAGAAGAAAUGCCAAAGUAAUUGUGGAGAAUCCUCCCAGAGAUGGUACCAUGUUCCACGCUCGUGGCUGAAACCGAGUGGGAAUUUCUUAGUUGUACUGGAAGAAUGGGGUGGUGAACCGACUGGGAUUUCAUUGGUUAGAAGAACAAGUGGAAGUGUUUGUGCUGAUAUUUAUGAAGGUCAGCCAACAACCAAGAACUGGCAUUUGCUAGCCUCUGGAAAAGUUGAUAAAGUGCAACCAAAAGCCCAAUUGUCCUGUGCACAGGGGCAGAAAAUCUCUCAAAUUAAGUUUGCUAGCUAUGGACUGCCACAAGGAACUUGUGGAAGCUUUCGCGAGGGAAGCUGUCACGCUCACAAGUCGUAUGAUGCACUUGAAAAGAAUUGCAUUGGGCAGCAAUCUUGUUCAGUUAGCGUAGCUCCCGAAGUUUUUGGAGGAGAUCCAUGUCCGGAUACCUCAAAGAAGCUAUCAGUUGAGGCUAUCUGCAACUGAAAUCUUUAAGCGCCAAUAUAUUAUAGUUCAUAAAGUCCAGGAUGAUUCGUCUGCAUUGCGAAAUUUUUUGUGUUUCUUUCGGUUGCGAAAAUUACUCAUUUCAGGUUUCCAAGGCCACUGAUGUGGUUGCGUUGGAGUCUAAGUUCAACUGUACAGUCAUAUUAUACAAAGUUUGGCCAAUAGAGUCUGAAGGUGUGAUUGCCGAUAAGCUUCAUGUGAAUCGAAACAAGAUGCUAUUGUUCAAUCGCGCCUCAUACAGUAUACAAAGGGGGAAGGGGAAAAAUAGAACUAAGUUCUAUGGCUUAUUAGUUAGCAGAAGUUUAGGUUAUAAAGUGUUCAGCUUCUUGAUGAACAAUUCUCAGGGAUGUUGUUCCUUCGUUUUCCUUCGUGAAAACAAAUAAAUGAUAUUGCAAUAUUCAGUGCA